CGUGAAAAACUUGAAAAUUCGUAUUAAACCUAGGUAGCCGGUUGGAAAGGGAUUCUUUAAAAAUUGCGACGAAUUUAUUGCCGCCUGCUCGAUGUAAAAAUAAACAUUUCUCAUUCUGUUCUCUCGGCGGCGUAAAUCGUUGAUCUCGGUCAUGAAUAAGCUGCUACCGGGCCGAUACUGGUGACUGCUGGCCACUAAGUGCCGCGCUGCCGGAGUUACCGUGGUUGCGUGCGUGCGUGCGUGCGUGCGUGCGUGUACCUCCUAACCGGCCACGAUCGUGCGUGCCAGCAAACAUAUUGUAAGAUGCGAUUUUGUCUCUUAUGGCGAGGGAGCCUUCGUCGUGAGAUUCGUCGACUUCCCGUACGGAGCACUUCGUUCGGAGUAUAGUACGGUCGCGGGUUACGUAAAUUCGUAAAAAAAAAAAAAAAAAAAAAGAAAGAAAGGAACGAAAGAAAGAAAAACGCAAUAAAGUAGAAAAGGGAGGAACGAGCGAACCGUGCGUUAAACGUCGAAAUGAGGAGAGCACCGUUUGAUAAACACAAUAACGCAAAGCGAAACGUUUUAAGCAAAACGUACAAUUCGUAUGGGUUUGCGGCAGAGAGUUCGAAGGAAGCCGAUUACAAGUACAGCGUGAAUUAUAGCAAUACCAAAGAGAAGAAUUAUCUGCAACGAAGCAUUUCCGCUGAUAAUGUUGUAAUACGUUCCCGCGGUUUUAAACCCUCUGAUAGGCACGAUCCGGUCAAAAGGAAUUUCCUUGAGCAUCUGACUUCGAAAAUACUGCAUUUCGAUAUGGAGAGCAAUGAAAGUACACCGGUCAACUUGCAGAAACUGCUUACGCCUGCUUCGGACACGGAGGGGAUUUUGCAGUCGAAAAAUAGGAAGAUGUUCGCGUCUUCGUAUUUUUAUGCGCCAACACAUCCAACCGUCGAGGAUCAGGUUGAACUCGCGCGACGAAUUUCGCAUUCGUUGAGCGACGUGAAAAACAUGAAAAGUAAAGGUCAAUCUAUGUACGUAAAUAGGAAGAAACGAUCCGUGAAAUGGAUCCAUGAUGGCAACGGUAUGGAAGACAUAGAAGAGCCCUCCACACCUGUUCAUAGUGAUAAAAUUCCACUGAAAUGCAUGAUGAACCCACAUGGAAAAGUGUUGGAUAUACGUGGAAUUCAAGCUUUGGGCGAAGAAGUAAACAUAGAACCGAUGCCAAAGAAUCCUGAGAAACUCUUCAACAUUGUUCGUGACUUAAACAAUCAUAGAGGCCGUGGUGCGGAGAUAUUCGCGAAACGCAGGAAAAGGUCCGAAAAAUGGGUCGUGGAUCAAGAUCAGUCGCAAACACCCAACACACCAGGGAUGCAAAAAAUGCCAAUGUACCCAAGAAAACAGGAAAUGAAUGGCAACUCAAAGUAUAUGAAUAUGUCUCCGUAUUCGCCUCAUGUACCUGACUCUGUCGCCGGGAAACCGUCAUUUUACAAUCCCUUUACCGUCGACUUGUCUUUAAACGACACACAUGUACCCACGACAGACAGAAAUCAAUAUCAUUGCAACGGUAAAGAGUGCAACCGCUUGACCGAGGUGAAAAAGAUUUAUCUUAGAGAAGUGGCCGUUGGUACUGAUAACGAUUUUCCUCUCGAUAAAUCUCGAUCGUCUGUCGUGAAAAAGUCACGACGUAUCACUUUGGAACCAGAUAUCGAACGUCAUAACAUCUAUCACACCAGAAACAACAAUAACGAAAAUGCUGCGAUAACAUCAACUAACACUAACAGGCGCAAUUACAAUUAUAACAUGGCUUCGCUGAACAGAUCUAAUUUUUCUAAUACACAGAAUGCUACUAACAAAGAGGGCAAGUGUUAUGUCAAGGAACAAUACGUAACGGAUUGUGUAGAAAGCGCGAUCAACGAGAAAGAGAAAUAUCGAAAUAAUCAACGAGAAACCGAUGGUAUACGUAUCGAUAGCGAAGGGAACGAAUACACGCCGGUACCGGUCAAACAAUUGAUACAAGAGUUUGAAAAAUCAUGUAGACCGGUACUGCAAUACAAACAGAUCAGUCCAAAGGUUAUUCCGAUUGUGCAGCACUGUUCUCUCGAUAACGAUAUAGCACGAUUCUUUGAAACGCGCAAUUCCGUCAAGUACAACAACAACAACAACAACAACAACAACAACAACAACGACGAGGCGGAGCACAGGAGAGCAACCGGGAAGCAAGUGUACAAAGAGCCUGUAAAGCUUGUGAAGCAAAAUCAAGAUCAUUGUAACAACGGUUACGUGUCCACCGACGAUACGGAUUACACGAGCGACGAAACCGAUUCCCAGACGAACGAUUACGGUAGCGAGGAGAUCAUUUAUCGCGAGAAAUCGGAAACGUCGAGCAUGAUGAACGGCGAUCAGGAAUACUCGUCGAUUUACCGCGAGGAGUAUUCAAAUCGGCGCAGAUCGGUCACCUCCGAGGAAGUGGAAACCUUCUGCAACAACGGGGACGCGAGAUAUAUGAACACGGAAUCGGAAGUGCCCGCGGAGAGCAAAUCAUUCUUAUUAUCGAUGUUAGCUUCUCAAGAAGACAUUUUGGAGACUAUUAAGCAUUUGCGUAACACACCCGUUCUGGACAAUCUAUUGCACAGUGUAUCGCCAGAUUUUCAAUACACUGACGUCAGUCCAGAUGUAGGUAAAAAGCUUUACGAGGAUAAUACCUACACGGGGCCGAAACUCGCUAGCGUCAAUAAUCUAACCAACUAUAAUACUGCGCCUCGUGGUUGGGAUCAGUCUUUGACUUAUUAUCGACCAAUAAAAUUCGAAAAACCACAAGAAAUCGUUUAUUCUGACUUUUAGGCAUAAUGUAUUUAUUUAAACCACGCUCUUUACGCGGGUAUGUUUCGAGCAGUGUAAAUACUUUUUUUCUUGUUCGAUUUUAAUCUAAUUUAAAAAAUGUUAUUUAAAAAUUGAGAUACCAUUGAGAUAUUAAAUGUGGAAACUAUGGAACAGGAUAGAGGGAAAGUAACUUUUUCAAAAUACGAACAUGUAUGUACAUUAGUUAUGGCUCCGUCUCUUGGGCAUCACAGAUUACUUUGCUUUUGUCCUUUGUUAAACUUAUUUUUGUCUCGAUUUGAUCAAACAACGGUAACGAUCGAUUACGUUAAUUAUAUCCAACAUAUAUGUACGUAUAUUUUAAAGCUUCGUUUUGCUUCAUGUAUCUACCUCUCCCAUUAUUAAAAUGUUGAUCUUUAUUUAU